AUGGCCUCCGCCGUUGACGACUCCCCGAUGCACUCGCCGCCCGGCCCUGAUGUCGCCCGACCCAAAGGCAUUCUCAAGCACUCAGUCUCCCACGAUCGCUCCUCGGUUGAUCCAUCAACUGUCGCUCCACCUCUCCGCCAGCGGUCCAUGAGCAAAGAAAUCACCCUCGAGAACACACACUUCAACGCCGGCCACCGUCGCUCGUCCUCCACCGCCCGCCUCGGCGCCUCCCGACGCCAGUCGGCCACCAACGUCGAAUCGGCCGAGCCCUCGCAGCGCCUCAAGUGGGACGAGGUCAACCUGUACCUCACCGAGCAGGAGCGCACCUCGACGAUGAAGAUUGACGAGCCCAAGACGCCCUACGUCAAGCAGUAUGAUCCCAUGGAAGACCCGUCCGACGACGAGUACCAAGCCGAAGGCGACCAGCACGCCGAGGCUUCUGUGGAGGGUGCUCAUCGUGUCCCUAAAGCUCCACGUGCACGUCCUGAGGACGACAUUCCGGGCCUUUCGCUGGGCGAGCCGGAAGAGGAGAUGCCGGAGGCGCACGGCCUCGCGGCGCAGGGGGCGGCGGGAGGUGAUUACUACGAUGCUGACGACGUCGCUGCGGCCAACACGGCCUCCCCCCGCGCCCCCUCGGAGAAGAGCGUGCAUCUGGACGAGGACACCGUCGCCUCCGCCGAAGACGCCUUGGUGGACGCUUCCCCGGAAGAAGUCGAAAAACACCACAAAUUUGAAGAACUCCGCAAAAGACACUACGAGAUGCGCGACGUGGCGUCACUGCUGGGCAACCCGGAGAGCCUCCCCGACGACGACGACGACGAAGACGACGAAGACGAAGAAGACGACGCAGUUCCUCCUCCAGUCCCGUCGAUUCCCAAUGGCUUUGCGUAG